AGAAUAAGAAUAAAGACUUGGACUACAUGACAAAUGAAGAACAAAAUAGAGACAUUGAACUAGAAAAUGAGAACAAAGACUUGGACUUUGAGAAAAAUGAAGAAGAAAAUCUAGAUAACAAUGUUGAACUGAAUAAUGAUCCCUCUGCUGUUGACUACACUUCUCUCAAUGUUGAUGACAAUAUUGAAAACUUAAAUAACUUAGAUUUGAUCAACACUGUUGAUAUUCAUGAUAGCAGCGAAGUUGAAUCUCAGAAUAAGGGUGAAAGUACGGAUGAAUUUCGAAAUUCCUUUGAAAGUGAAGUUAACAGUCUGAUUGAAGAUGAAGUUAAUAAUCCCUAUGAGGUGGAUGCAUCAAAUGACUUUGAAAAUGAGACAGAGAUUGACCAAAACAAUGAAAAACACACUUCAAGUAUUAACCAGUUUCAUGGCAAUGAAUAUAAAAAUCUAGAACAAGAAGAAAGCGCAAUAGUAUCAAAAGAAAGACUUCAAAGAAGAGUUUUACCAAACAGACUCACAUCAAUGGCUUAUUCAGCAUUUGAGUACUAUGAACAAAACAUAAAGUAUAAUUGCACUAAACAUGUAAUCUAUAGCUGUGGGAAAUCACAUUUAUGCGGUGGUUGGUCAGACAGAAUAGAUGGCAUCUUAACUGGGCUUACCUGGUCUUUACUGACUGACAGGUGCUUCCAUAUUGAGUAUAAAGACCCCUGCAACCUCUAUGAACUCAUGGAGACCCCUCGUACUGUUCAGCUAAUAGAUGACGGCAAGGACAAUGAUAACUUCAGAGACAAAGAUGAACAAUACAUGUUGCAUCCUCACAAUGCUGAAAAUGAUCAUCUUAGACCAGAUACUGUGAUGGAGCAAGAUACUAUUGAUAAUGAUCAGACGGAAGGUCGGCCAACCAUAAAGGAUUCAUCAAAUGAUACAAUCAAAAAUGAUAAAGAUAAUGAUAAUGUGAGUGGUAAUAUUUCAAAAGAUAUGCCUAUCAAAGAAACAUACAUAUCAGAAUCAACAAAAUCUCAAUCAAACGAAGACAAGAUUAUGAAUUGGAAUGGAAUAGAUUGGAAUUCCAAGAUAGAGUUAGAAAAUCGAUCAUCUCUCCUUCUGGACUAUGUACUUAAAGAAGAGGAUUCUAUGGAUGAAGUGAAAGACCAACUUGCAAAUUUGGAAGUGUCAUUAGAUGAAAAAUACCCAGAAGAUGUGAUCAUUUUCAGAAACAAUGCACCGCUUUACCGCUUUAUGAUACAAAAUCCAUUUAACAAGGAGAAAUUGAAACAAAUGAAAAUCAACCCAGAUGAAUACGAUCCCAAACUGUUUAUAACUGAUAUGUGCAACGGGCUUUUUACUUUGAAACAACCAAUCAAAACAAUGCUUGAAAGUUUCCUGAAAGAUCUCAACCAAUCACAACUCAUCUGUGCUCAAAUAAGGGUUCCUGAUAUGUUAAUGAAGUUCUCCUACAUAUUUAGGGAUAAUCUCAAAGGAUAUCUCAAAAACAUAACAAAUAUAUGGACAUUUUUCGAGAACUACCCAAAACAACAGGACUAUCGUAUCUUUGUAACAACAAACAGUGAAGACGUUAGAAAUGCCUCAAAGGCUCAAUUCAGUGAAAAUAUCAUUGACAUAGGAGGUAAAACAAUGCACAUUGACCAGCAAGGCCCAUUUGAGAAAUUAGCCUGUGAGAGCCACUCAAAGGUGAUACUCGAUUUUGAAAUACUCUCUUACUGUGAUGUACUUGUGAUAACAAAGGAUUCAGGUUUUGGGAGGAUGGCGUCUUUCAAAAGACAAAAUAAGGACAAUUUGUACAUUGGUUAUUAUGAAGAUGGAAACUAUAGAAUUAAGAAGAAAGUAUGAAAUUAUUGUUUCUCUUACAAAAUAUGCUUAUCUUCCCCUUUCAAGUUUCUACACUAUGUGUGCAAUACUAACAUCUACAUGUAUUAACAUUUUGUGCAGAAAAAGGGUUCACAAUAACCCCCUUUUAUGCAUAUGCAAUAAAGCAUGUACAUAUGUUUCUUUAUACAAGAUAGCAACAUACAGUAAUAGAGGGCUACUGCCAUUCAAAACAUCACUGAGACAUCUUCUAAGACAGCCCUAUAUUAUUUCGUGCACUUUGAAAGUGAUACAUGAUAAGUACACACUUUAGCUUUUUGUAUAAAUUGUGGACCACUUAAUCAAGCACUCGACUUAACAAAUCUGAGUCUUGCCAUGUUUUGCUCAACUAUGAGCUUUGUAACAAAUGGCACUGACAGUGUAAAGUCCUUGUUUUGCUCUACAAUGCACUUUGUAACAAAUGGCACAGACAGUGUGAAGUCCUUGAUUUGCUCUACAAUGAACUUUGUAACAAAUGGCACUGACAGUGUAAA